AUGGUUUCACGUUUUGAAGUAGUAGAGCAAGGGCCUCCGAUUGAGGUCUUCCAACUCAAUAAACUUUUUAUCGACGACUCAUUUAAAAAUAAAGUGAACUUAACAGUCGGUGCAUACAGAGACGAAAAUGGCAAACCCUGGGUCUUGCCUGUUGUUCGCAAAACUGAGGAACAAAUGGCUGCCGAUCAAUCACUCUUACAUGAGUACCUGCCUGUACUUGGAUUGGAUCAGUUCACUGCUGCGUCAGUGUCCAUGCUACUUGGUGAAGACAACCCGGUGAUAGCAGCUGGUCGUGCGUUCGGCAUUCAAACAUUAUCCGGAACAGGAGGUCUCCGAGUGGGCUCAGAGUUUCUCAACAAACACCUUAAAUACACUACGUUUUAUUACUCUGAUCCAACAUGGGAGAACCACCACCUCGUGUUCAUGAACUCUGGCUUCACGACACCGCGCACGUACCGCUACUGGGACCCAAAGACCCGCGCUAUCGACUUCGACGGUCUCAUUGAAGAUCUUAAGAAUGCACCAGAAAACUCUGUGAUAAUCCUACACGCAUGCGCACAUAAUCCAACUGGUAUCGACCCGACGCACGAGCAAUGGGAGAAGAUCGCUGACGUUAUGGAGGAACGCAAGUUAUUCCCGUUCUUCGACAGCGCGUACCAAGGCUUCGCGUCGGGCGAUCUAGACCGGGACGCGUGGGCGGUGCGCUACUUCGUUAAACGGGGCUUCGAGCUUGUCUGUGCGCAGUCCUACGCCAAGAACUUCGGCCUUUACAAUGAGCGUGUGGGCAACCUAACUAUUGUAAUGUCGGACGCGAAAUACGUGGCCGCGACGAAAUCGCAGCUGACAUGGAUUGUACGCGGAAUGUACUCCAACCCGCCCGCACACGGCGCCCGAGUGGUCGCCACCGUGCUCUCCAACAAGCAGCUCUUCGACGAAUGGCGGGAUCACAUUAAAUACAUGUCUUCUAGAGUCAUUCAGAUGAGAGAGGCGUUAAGAUCAGAACUAAUCAAACUUGGCACUCCGGGCAACUGGGACCAUAUUGUUAAGCAGAUCGGCCUGUUCUCCUAUACGGGGCUGACACAGCGUCAGAGCGAUUACCUCAUCCAGGAGUACCACAUAUACUUGCUGCGCACCGGACGCAUCAACAUCUGCGGACUGAACCCUGGCAAUGUGGAGUACGUCGCCAAAGCCAUCCACGACGCCGUCACCAAGUUCCCCGCUGAACACAAUAGUCGGCCAAAGUUAUGA